AUGAAGUCCAUCAGCACCAUAUCCAUACUCUCGGGCCUCCUCGUGCUUGCCCCCUCCACCCUCGCAACCACCUCGUGCAAUCCAAGCACCCUCAACACCACCACCUACCUCUACCCAAUAACUAAGCAAGGCACAACAGUCUUCGACGUCGCAGCAGCCACCAACCGCGGCGUCUGCGACAUCGGGCGCCAAAACCUCAUGGCCGACGUCACAAUCGUCCCGAACGUUGGCCAACAGCUCCUGAUCCCACCAGAGACAUGCACCCCAGACAACGAGACCUGCCUGCUCCCCGAAACAAACAGAACACGCACCUGCAUCGACGGCGGCCCGCGCCUCUACUACACCGUCAACGGAGACACGUACGAGCGCAUCGCGCAGCGCCUGAACAUAUCCACCGAGGCAUUAACCUCGCAUGCGCUGGGCGACCAGACUUCAACAGACGAGCUAGAGCCCGGCAAAUUCGUCAAGGUGCCCCUCUGCGAGCCGAGUCGGUGUGUGCUGAAGCCGUAUCAGUUCAGUGCGGGGGUGUAUAAGGACCUUGCCGAGGAGUUUGGGACGACUGUGGGUCAGAUUAUGAUGCUGAGCCCGACUUAUAAUUAUAGCAGCCAGGCGUUUCUCCCUGGUGGGACGUUCCCGCCGAUUAAUGUCUUGACUAAUUGUACACAGUCGAGCAAUGUUACUGUUUUGUCUUAG